UAACUUACGCUCGUGUCAAUCGCCACCAUCAGAUCAUGGCUGCACCGUCGUCGUCGGCGUGGGCGAACGUUAUGCUAGCAGUCUACGAGAAGAAGACGGUGCCCGUGGACCUCUACCGCCCUCUUCGAAACUACAUCGUGAUCAACUACUCCGAACGCGAGGCUCAGAACCUCGAGGACGACCUAGAAACCCUUAAGCAGCUACGCUCCGAUAUCGAGCGUGGUCCCUCCGACUCUCUACCUGCCCGUCGCGAUCUGCUCCAGAGUUACUUUAAAGCCCUGUGCGCUGUGGAGUCCCGUUUCCCCAUUUCACCCGAUAAGGAUCAUAUCAAUUCGGUGACGUUUACCUGGUACGAUGCCUUCAAGAACAAGCUGAAAGCUUCUCAGCAGAGCAUUCAUUUAGAAAAAGCUGCAGUUCUGUUUAAUUUGGGGGCAGUUCACAGUCAAAUUGGGCUGAGUUUUGAUCGAUCAUCUGUUGAUGGGAGAAGGCAGGCAUCACACUCAUUUAUUGCAGCUGCUGGAGCAUUUGCUUUCUUGAGAGAUAAUGUGGCAAUGAAGGCGUCUAUGGGGAGCUCUACCACUGUGGAUGUGUCUGCUGAGUGUGCUGGGAUGUUAGAAAGGCUGAUGCUUUCUCAGGCUCAGGAAUGUGUAUUUGAGAAUACAAUUGCCAAAGGAAGCAGUCCUGGGGUCUGUGCAAAAAUUUCUAGACAGGUUGGAAUCUUUUAUGAGGAAGCUUUGGCAGCUUUAAACGUCGUCCCUCUUAGCCAGCACUUUGAGAAAGCAUGGGUAGCUCAUGUUCAGCUUAAGGCAGCUUUGUUUUAUGCUGAAGCUUGUUAUAGGGUUGGUUUAGAGCUCCAUGAAAAAGAAGAGAUAGCAGAGGAGAUUGCAAGGUUGAAGAGUGGGAUCAGUGUUCUCUCCGAGGCAAAAAGGACAGCACCAAGAGGGACAACACAGCAGCUAUUAGAUGCAAUCAACAAAUUAGAAGUCAGCCUUAAUCAAAACUUGGAGAUAGCUGUGAAGGAGAAUGAUAGAGUCUAUCUUAUGAGGGUUCCUCCUGUCAGUUCUUUAGCUCCCCUUCCAGCCUUUUCAAUGGUCAAGCCUAUGCCCAUGAAUGAGGUGCUGGAUGCAACCAAGGAGAAGAUGUUUGCAAGUCUUGUUCCUGACAACAGUGCAAAAUCUCUUUCUAGAUAUACAGAGAUGGUUGAUGAUGUUAUCAGAAUUCAAGCUGAAAAACUUCAACAGGGUAGUGAACUUGCUCGAGUGAGGCUCAAGGAAAUGGACUUGCCUGAUUCAAUUCUUGCAUUAGAGGGAAAUAUCUCUAUGCCUAUAGCCCUGAAAGAAGAAGUAGAGGCUGUACAGAUUUGUGGUGGCGCAGCUGGUUUGGAAGCCGAGCUACAGCAACUCAAAGAUCUAAGUACUGUGAACCAUGAACUGUUGGUGCAAACUGAGGAGCUUUUGCAAAAAGAGGCAACAGAAGAUGCAAAGUUCAGGAGCCAAUUUGGAACUCGAUGGACUAGACCUCAAUCAAGUACUCUAACAAAGAAUUUGCAUGACAGAUUAAACAGGUAUGCAGCAAAUUUGAAGCAAGCUGCAGAAAGUGAUGCUAGAAUUGAGCGGUCUGUGAGGGAUCAUGCAACACUCUUGUCAAUCCUUGACCGCCACCCAAUUGAAUCUGUUCUUCCAUUCCUGGCAAGACCAAUUAUGUCUCUGGAUGCCAAUGAAGAUGCUACUGUAGGAGUUCUGAAGCAGAGCCUGAGGCAAAUAGAGAGUCUUGGUGCUCAAAGAGCUGGUCUUGAAGACAUGCUGAAGGAGAUGAAGAGGAAGGAUGAUAUCUUGCCCAAGUUAAUGACAUCUAGUGGCUCCAUUGAAGAUCUUUUUAGAAAAGAGAUUGGGAAGUAUGACAAUAUUUGUGAAGAAAUUGCAAAAAAUCUUGAGGCACAAGAGCAGCUAUUAAUACAAAUUCAGGCUCAAAAUGAGGAUUUUGCCGCAAUCUUCAAUCUCGAAGACUAUAAAGCAUCCCGGGAGAAGGUUUACAAGCAAAUUGAAUCUGCGGUAGCAAAAUAUCGAGAAAUCAAGGACAAUAUUAAUGAAGGCAUGAAGUUUUAUGUCACUCUUCAGGAUGCUAUCACAAACAUAAAGCAGCAGUGCAGCGAUUUUGUGAUGACUAGAAAUAUUCAAUGCCGGGAAAUGAUUGAUGAUGUUCAAAGACAAAUUUCAGGUCUGAGUUUUAAGGAUGCUAAAACAUCAGGUGGCUAUAAAUACCCUUCAGGUGGGCAACCCCAUACUCAAAGAUCAUCUCCUCAACAGACUGACCCUGCAACUGUCUCCAAUGCAGUUCGACUCCAAUCUCCUCCACCUUAUCAGCCUCAGCAGCAGCCAAGUAUCCAUGGAUAUGCCCAAAAUCAUCCUGCUUAUGGAGCACCACAACAACCACCACAUUAUCCUUUGCAAGCUUCCGGUCCCGCAUACCCACCUCCUCAUCAACAACAACAGCCGCCUCAACCUACUUAUCCUGGGUGGCAUAAUCCGUACCAUAAUGUCCCUCCGCAGCCAGGGUCUAUGCCUCCACCUCCAUACACUAUUCCUCGAUACCCACCACCCAACCAGAGCAGCUAUUAUAGACAGUGAUUGUGAUUUUCACUUUCUAGUUUCCUCCUGGUGUAUUGAUUCAUCGGUUGAAUAUAAAAAGAAUGCACUUAAUACAAGAAUUUCAAAGAGUGGAGGCACAUUUGUUUGCAUAAUGCUCUAUGUAAAUGAGUAUAAUUCAUAGUUCAUGCCCAUUGAAUUUGGAAGUACUUGUUGUAUAGGGUUUUCUUGUUCGAUCAUAUAUUGAUUUAUGUUCCUUAAAAUUCGUUAUGCACUGUCAAGCCCCAAUCUGUGUAAUGUUUUGCCAUUCUGGAAUUCCAGAACUUGCUUUAUGUAUCUUUUACUGAUGUAAAUGAAUCAUGAAAAAAUAAUAAGUUUAUUGGUAAUUG